AUGAAUAUGCUCGGCCUACGAUUGCAGUGCACUGCUGACCGACUCGUGAUGGUUUUUGCUGACAGCGGGCAUUGGGCCUGUCUAGGCUUUCACAUCGUCACACCAGGCACUGCCGCGGUGCUGUACUUGGAUGGGGUGCACCUUCGACUCUAUCAGCCCGCUCUGCGUCUGGCUCAGGCUGUUGCUGCUGCCUUUGGGCUGCACAUAAAAAGCUUCGAGCCCUUUACCUGGUAUGAGCAAGAAGCACCGCAUGAAUGUGGCCGUAUCGCACUGCAGCAUGCUGUUGCCUUUGUCACAAGUGACUUGCAACGCGCCCCUGAGUGGGCUGACCAGUUGCUUCUUAAACAUCAACACUGCCCAGCUCAAGUGCAUGCUAGCGGACAGCUGUCAGCCGACCAAAACCAGAGGCUCCAGGACCUUCUUGUUGAAAGGGGUGUCCCCAAACCUGCUGUUGAAAACAGGGUCGCUGCAGCGGUGCAAAAGAUUGGUGCCGGGCCUAUCGCAAAGGCACUUGCUAUGAAGAAUGCUUGGCCCCAGCUUAAAUCCUUGGGCUCGCAACCCAACUGCAUGUUUCGCUGGAUCCAGCAUGAUGAGCUUACCGCUCACAUCGACGAGCGUGCCCAUGCUAAGUUUGGUACUGCUGUUCCCAAUGGCAGGGAAAAGAAGCGCAAGGAUAAGGCACCCAAAGCUGCUGCUCAGCCACUUCAGGUCGAUCCCACUAAGCUUCAGAUUGCCCCUGGAUCUUUCACUACGGUUGAUGGGCGGCCAUUGCCCCAGCUUGCAUUCUCUGAGGUUGGUGCCGAAGUUCAGGGCGUUGCUUUUUGCAGCCCCCAACAAGCAGUGCCAUUCCUUCAGAAUCCCCAGUCUUUGAGCGUUGAUGCCCUGGCGUUGGUAUGUGUGACCGAGCUCCCGCCUGAUGUCUAUGGUGGUGCGACUGUUUCUUCACUCCAAUUUCCUGCUGUGUAUAGCCCCACGGAGGAAGCCAUCCUCAUUCGUGGGUCGCUCAUUCAGAUUGGGGAUGAGGUUGUGCAGCUCGCCUCCCAAAGCAUUGCUGAGGUACAACAGCUUGAAACAGUAACCUGCCGAAUUUCGGUUUAUCGGGAUGAGAUUGCCUUGGACUGGUCAGAGCUGCAAAAGGGGCCAAUUCGUGUCUUGUUGCAGUUGAUUCCCGCGCUGUCAUUGUGUGCCGACAAGGCUUGUGCACAAACCUGUGGGCGGUUUCAUCCAGCUGUUGAGGAGGUUGACGUUGUCGAUCGUCUCAUCAUUGACCUUUGGGGCCGUCAGUGGUCCAAGCUAGAGGGUGGCCGUGCUUCUCCCAAUGAUGCGCAGUCCUUUCACUGUCUGAUCCGUGUCCCUUCCUCGGCUUUGCUGCAUUUGCAACAGAUCAUGGUACGGGGAUUCUACACUGAGCCUCGAGCUACUGGGGGUGCCGGGCCACACCCUGGCUUUGCCGUCAUUUGGUUUCCUGAUGCUGAUUACGCCAAGGCCUUGCAUACCCUGCGCACAUGCACCAAGGCCAUCGCUAUCGCAAGGCUCAGCAAACGCUACGGCGUUCGUGUCCGGGAGCAGGAUGAGCAGGCUGUCUUCGAAGCCGUACGCCCGGGAAGUAUCUUUACCAAGGUUGCUGUGAAGGCGCAUUAUCGCCUUCAUCCUCUGCCCUUUGGUUGCCUCCGCAAACAUCUGCUUGCGCUGCUUCGUGAGUGGAAAUGGGAGGCUAAGCCGUUGCAGCCUGCUCGAGGGGAUGCAGAAGGAGCUGCGUGGAUUGUUGGGGCAUCCGAUGCCCCGCCCAGCCCAGCGCUCGCUUGCGGCGAUGCUUAUGUUCUUGUCCGAAAAGUGCGUGACACUGCGGCGGCGGCUGCGCAGCCGCUUGUUACUGCUUCUGGCCGUACGAAGCGCAGCAUCCUCUAUGAUGACGAUGACAAUGUUGCUGACCCAUGGGCCAAUGGUCUUGAUCCUUGGGCUCUUUCGCGAGCCCCGCCAGGCCUUCCUGCACCGACUACGGGUUCGACACCUGCUUCAGGCUCUACUGCCGCUACUAAGCUCAGCCAACUGCGAACCGAGAUCACGUCUGGGGUUCAAGAAAUUGUGAAAAAGCAGGUUUCCGAAACGGUUAAGGCUGCAGGCACUGCAGAUGCUCAUGCCAAUGCCGCCGAGACAAGGCUGACGCAACUCGAGGCCACAGUCAAUGAGCUCAAGCAUCAAGGCACGAAGUUUGAGGGAUGGUUCCAGUCCUUUGGUCAACAGGUCAGUGCUGUUCAGCAAACUGUGGCAGCACAGCAAGCCGAUCUUGCCCAGGCCACCAACUGUGGGGUGAAUGCGAUGCCUUAUCGUGUUGGUGAAGCCUCCAAUCCGGGUCGAAUCGGGCCUCGAGCCAUCGUCGGUGAUUUCAAUGCGGCCCAAGAUGAUCUCUCCCAGGUGAGUUUGUGGAAGCAAGCGGGCUGGGUGGACAUCCAGGCUGCGUCGCUCUGCGUCUCUGCGUAUGUUAAAGAUCGCUUCCAGGCCUAUUGGGCUUGGCCUCUCCCCACCGAGAUUCCUUGGUCGGAGAUUGCACUGGAGCGCCAUCGUGCACAGAGGCCCUUCGACACGACUUGGUACCUCGUGAGGUGCAUCGCUGGUUUAAGCAACUACGCCGGCUACAAAGCCUAUGUCACGCCCUCAAACGUUCCGAACCCCAUGAAAAUGCCUUGGAGUAUCGUGGUGGCUUGUGGUCAGCCAUACGCUCUGCCCGUGGCUUUCAUGCUGGUUGCGCAGGCCAUCUUCUAUGACUUCCGGGCCAACUACAGGCGUUUUGAAGCAUGGCACAUCCAAAAACGGCAGCAAAUCCUUCAAAACAAACACGAUGCCUCCUGCAAACAGCUCUAUCUUGAGCUCCGCGAGCCUCCAAGCUCCCAUGUUGACUUGUUGGUUUCUACUCAUACCUACGAAGUUCUUGCACGUGACCCUGCAGAGAAACUGCUCCAUGUUAGUGCCCCCCUGGCCACACAUGGUCACUCCGAGUGGAGGCUAGACGGCAUACCAGUUGCGAUCACACCUGUCUCCCAGGAUGUAUGCCGUGUCUCGGGUAGCGAUCCGCUGCCCACAGGCGAGGAGCUUGAGCAAUCAUGUUAUGUUUCCUCCCCUCCUGAAAUUCAGGAGGCUUUUCUCAAAGUCUGGUCUGAACGUUGGAACAAGGCUGCAAGCCCUAAUGGCUGGGAGCGCAUUUUUCGCUUCACAAAGGCCUUUCUGCCGCGGCUGCAAUGUUCAUUGGAGCCCAUCACUCCCGAUGUUUGGCAUGCUGCGCUGAAACGCUACAAGCCUUAUGCUGCUCGCGGUCCCGAUGGCUACGCUAAAACCGAUCUGCAAAACAUGCCGUUGCCAAGGUUGUGCGAGCUUCUUGAGCUCCUGACUGCAAUUGAAGCAGGCGCCGCCUGGCCAGAACAAUUGCUGGUUGGCCUGGUACAUGCCUUGGAUAAGCGCAAUGGUAAGCUUGAUGUUGAAGGGUAUCGUCCCAUUGUGCUUUUCAGCAUCGUCUAUCGCACCUGGAGUGGCAUCCGCGCCAGGCAGCUUUUGCGCUGGCUUCGUGAUGUAAUCUCUGAAGGCGCACUGGGAUUCUUGCCGGAUCACGAGCCUGCUGAGGCCUGGCUUGUGCUUCAGGCCAACAUCGAGGUCGCGGUUCAGGGAUCUGAGCCCCUUUCGGGUUUCAGUGCUGACCUCGUCAAGGCUUUCAACACGUUGCCGCGUCAACCUCUGUUUGCUGCUGCCAGAUGGCUAGGCAUUCCCGAAGGGGUUUUGUUGCCUUGGUCAAACUUCUUAUCUGGUAUGCAACGCCGAUUCGUCGUCCAGCAUUGCGUCAGCGCUCCUGCGUAUUCGAAGUGUGGAUUCCCUGAGGGGUGUCCUCUCAGCACGGUGGCCAUGUGCAUCUGCGACUUCAUGUUCCACCGUUACCUUGAAGUCUUUACACCCUCGAUUCGCAGUCUUUCUUUUGUUGACAACCUUCUGGGGACGGGUGAAUCGGCUUACUCUGUUGCCCAAGGCCUCAACGCUACAAGGUGCUUCUGUGAUGCUCUCGGUCUCACGCUGGAUGGUGCCAAAACCUACACAUGGUCAACUGACUCGAUUCAAAGGCGUAUCCUUCGGGAGCUUGGCCUCAAGGUCACCGAUGCUAGCCGUGAACUCGGCGGCUUGAUGUCCUUCGGCCCUAGUACGCGCAAUCGUGCGCUUGUUGAUCGAUGUCGGGCCCUUGGCCCCGUCUUCCGGCGGCUCUCUCGCUCCCGUGCGCCAUUGCAUCUCAAGUUGCGCACCCUGCCAACUAAAUUUUGGUCCAUGGCUCUGCAUGGCGCUGCCGGAUGCCUUGUCUCUGAAGCUACGUUGCAGGGCCUGCGUACUCAAACAGUGCGAGCGCUCAAGCUUCAGUGUAGCGGCUCAAGCCCAAUGCUGAGACUCUCCUUGUCUGGAGUGCCUACUGCAGACCCGGGUUUCUUCCAGCUGUGGGAUUGUGUGAAUACUUUCCGUCGCAUCUGCACAAAACAGCCGGGGCUCCUCGACCUCUGGCAGCUUUUUGCCUCGCGCUUUCAGGGCGACCUUCUUCAUGGCCCGUUCUCCAAACUUCUUCGUUUACUGCACUCGAUUCAAUGGCGUGUGCUCUUUCCGCCAUUUGUGCAAGACGAGGAGGGCUUGACCCAUGAUUUGCUUGGUAUUCCCAAACAAGUGCUGCGUGUACUGCUGAUGAAGGCCUGGCUCCGCUUGGUCGCAUACAAUCACAAGCACCGGAAAACCAUGUACGAUCUUGACGGCAUUGAUCCCGCCCUGGUUGCCCUAGAUUGGUGUAGCCUCCCUUCCCUAUCUAGGACCUGGGUGUCGGCACUACAGAGUGGUGCCAACAUGUUCGGUGAUUCCCAGUCAAAGUUUGACUUGGAAAAGGAUGGUCUCUGCGCUUUGUGCGGCUUGCCAGAUGAUGCUUAUCAUCGCGUGUGUGUUUGUCCUCGCUUCAGCGCCGUACGUGCACCACACUCUUGGGUUGUUGCAGAGUGGCCACAGUUACCGAAGGCGCUUAGCCAUCACCUUCUGCCAUCUGCGAAUCCGCAUGGACCAAGCCUGCGACGCCUUCUGCAGGGGCUGCCUGACUACACUGCUUGUUUCUUGUCUGCGCCCACAGUUGGAGAAUGUCAGCAUAUCUUCACUGACGGUUCUUGCAGUGCCUUUGGUGCCUCCGAACUCUCGCUCGCGGCAUGGAGUGUUGUCAACUCUUGCACCGGAGAAAUCAUCGCGUGUGGCCCACUGCAUGGCCUGCAACAAUCAGCGCCACGAGCUGAGCUCACGGCUGUCCUUUCGGCCGUCACUUGGGCACGACAACACAGAGUCCAAGCAGUCAUCUGGUGCGAUGCUGAACAUGUAGCAUCAUCACUGCGUCAACUCUUAGAAGGUGAACUACUCGAUCGCGCCUGGGGCAACCAGGACCUUUGGCAUGUGCUGCUGUCGCAACUUGGUGACACUGAACCGGGCAUGCUACAAGUGCAGCAUACACCUUCCCGCUUGGAUGUCAACUGCUGUGAGAGCCCCUUUGAGGAUUGGCUCAGCUGCUGGAACCAGCAUGCUGAUACGGUUGCUGGCUUGUGCAACCUCAAUCGGCCUUGGCAAUUCCAGCAGGUGCACGCUCAGGCGGUUGCUCAUUUUCAGGUAACUGCUGCUCGGAUCCGCGCUCUCCGCAGCAUUUAUUGUGGCAUCGCACAAAUCACUUAUGGUGUGGCAAUGAGAGCUGUCCCUACCGAUGCUGAGCCUCCUGAACCUUGUGAUCCUGCAGAAGACUUACCACUCGGCCAGCCGCGGAUACUGGAUAUCACCGAGUGCUUGCCUGUGGGCUGGCAGCCGCUUCUGGUUCAGCAUUGCACGGACUUGCCCAGUGAUUUCAUCUUGGGGGUUUGUGCAUUUUUUCUCAAAUUGGAUGGAUGCUCUGAGUGUGCCUACUCGAUCACUUUCCUCGAGUUCCUCGCCAUGUUUAUCCUGGACGGUACAACACCUUUUCCAGUGCAGUGUGGAUCGACGGGCCGUUGGAAGAGUCGUUCUGAUCAGACUUUGCCGUUUGUAAAGCACACAGUCGAUGUACAGUUACGACUGAUACGAAGGGCGCUGCGACAGCAGCUGCUUCGUGACUUCUUCAGCCGACAGGCCAUCCGUACAGCUGCUACAUUGCAGAGGCCGUUUGAG